AAUUCUGAUUGUUUAUUUUAAUAUAACAUGACAUAAUAUUAACAUAAUAUACAUAGCCUAUUUAGCCUGUUAUAAUUCAUAUUGUUACAAGGAGUUUCAAAAGGAUGCUUUACUGCUAUUUUAGAUUGUUUUACGAUUGUUCCAGUUUUAGUAGCCUAUAGGCUAUAUGAGAGAAAAUAUAAAUAAAAUCAAUAAUCCCUUUAGAAGUCAUAUUUCUUUUGAAUAUGCAUUGCGCAUUUAUUCAGCGCUCCAAAUGCGAACCGCACUGGAGGGUUCCACGCGCCAUACUGCACUGAUUCUAAAAGUUUAUUUUAUGGAGUUCUGCGUUGCGGAGCGUUGCGUGUUUGUUGCGUCGCGUCGCUGGAGGACGCAGGUGAGUUAAUCCUCUGAGCGCCGAGAUCCGCGGCUCUGACAUGACGCGCUCAGGAAUCCCUGCACUAUUAAACAUGACUUCUGCGAAUCACACUGAAGCAGAGCGGGAAUGUUACGACCUCUCGACUGCAGAUGGAGGAGCACAUGAUACUCACACUACACACGAGCGACACGACACGCAGCCUGGUGCAGAUGCUGGUUUCAUGGAUCAAGAAGGACCUGUAUUUUCAGUCAAGGAAAAGGAGUCUGAUUUUUUGGCUCAUGAGUUCAUAUCUUCAUCGCACACUUCAGGAUCAGACCAGCACAUUUGCGAGGGGUUCAAAUAUCUCACUCAAGAGGGACUAGAACCAGACGUCAAGACCACUGCACCAAAACCAGCUCAGGCCUUCACCGAUGAGUCCACGGCCGGUCAAAGUCAAGAUCAGGGGCUGGAUCCCACUGUGAAACUCCAAGAACCAGAACCUGAACAGAUCCUGGAGGACAAGAGGUCUGAUCAGGAGGACCUAAAGCGAGAUGAUGAGAGUUUCAUGACACAGAGAAGCUGUGAAUAUGAUCCAGAGGAAGGGAUGCCAGCCUUGGUGGUCACCCAACCUGAAGAGGUCUCGUCAGACCAGGCGGAUGACAUAUAUUUAUCUGUGACGCUUGAGGACAUGAUUCACAGUGAUUCCAGUCGCAAUGCGAGUCCCAGCGAUGGCACUGAACUCAGCAGCAGCGACCUGCUGGCCUUGAAGAGUGACACCGUAUCUCUACUCAGUGAAGCGGCCAUCUCAUGCAAAAGUGAUGAUCAGGAGGGACCUGAGGAGGACACUCGGAGCAUCACCGCAUCUUCAGUUAUGUCACUGUUUCAUCGGGUGCAGAUGGACCCCAUUGAGAAAGAGUGGCUGCGUUGCGCAGCACUGGGAAACGCUACUACCCUGUACCUGCUUCUUCAACAGGACACUACACUUGUCUCCAAAAAGACGGCGCUCCACUGGGCGGCCAAGCAGGGCCGUGUGGAGAUGGUGGACAUGAUGGCGCGCUCCGGAGCGGACGUCAACCAGCGAGCGAUCUGCUAACAGUCGGGCAGUGAAUGCUUUGGCCUUCCCCUCAGUUCAUGCAUAUUAUAAUGCACUGUAUCUUAUCUCGUCAUAUUGAGGGUUGGUGAAGUGCAAAGGAAAUACUGACAGGAUCUUUGUGCCUCUGGCAGCACACCUCCCUCCCUCCCGACCCCCAGCCUUUAUUUGGAGGUCUAUUUUCCCUCUAUCACCCACAGCAUCGUGGAUCCUCUCAGAAGGUUAUUUCAGAUCAGAUCCUGCUGCAGUUUAAAGAGUCCAAUUCAACCCUUUGCAAAUUGGCUGUUUAUAUAAAUGUGAAGAUCCAAGAGUGUUUGUUUGUGGGUAAAGGACUAAAAAGAAUGUCAAAAAUGAUUAAAGAUGAUUAAAAGGAGAAAGCUUUUACAUUUUUUAUAGUAUUCAAGUUGGUUUUACACACAUCAUAUAUAUAAUUUUCAACAAUGGUU